CAUUUGAACGCAGCACUUCGCUAACCAGCAGCAGCAGUCGUCUGCACCGAGCGCCGUUCAUUCAGCGAGCGCUCGCUCCGCGGAGAACAACGGGCUACCUCCGUCCGUCCCGGGGGAUGCUGCAAAAGCUCUCGGACAAAGGAAACAAACAAAAAACCCCAAGCUUCUAACAAAGAGCCAUAAAAUCAACAUUGGAAACUAGACGAGGGCAACUUUACAGUCCCUUAUUGUUAUUUACAUGUUUUUUUUUUUUAAUUGUAGGCUAUUUAUUGUCAACAAAUCAAAGAGACAAGACUAUAAAUUACUAAAUUAAAGAGGGUGAUGUUCUUGUGUUGUCAGUCAAGAUAACACUAUCAUUGUUCAGAGGCUUGUUGCAAGGACACAUUGAUCCUGGAGUGCUUCUUAAAAAGAAUUGUGGAACACAACAUGCACAUAACUAGAGGGGCUCGGUCCGACCCGGUCCCACUGGCAGGGCAGUCCCCGCUCCAGCAACCAGCCCUGCAGCAGCUCCACUGUGUCCUCAUGUGGGUCUAGUCACUGACCGACCAGUCAGCGCAGCCAGGGGCCGACCCAAGCUGAAAGUCCAGCGGCGCCAUGACCUCGUCGGACAAUGACGAGACGGGGAGCGACCUGUCUGAGUCCCUGGAGAUCCGCGAGCUCCAGGACCAGUACACGGAGCCAGAGAACAGCUUCAAAUCCAAGAGCUUACCCAUCCUGAAUGGCCCCUGUCCGCCGGAUCGCGAGGCUGCGGAGCCCCGGCUGCUCGACACAGCAUGCGCCUGUGUGGUCGUGGACGAGGGCUGCGAGCUCCAGCCGAAGACCCCAGACUCGAGCCAAGCGGAGUCCCCCUCCUCCAGGACAGACUUCUCCCCCUCCGCCUCCAGCAUGGUGGGGCUCAGCAACGCUCUGACUGCGGAGGGCCACAAGGCCGGUGGCCCUGGGGGCAAGAAACUUGGUUUCUCUCUCACCCGCCUUAUUCGCAUCCCAGCCAGGAAGUAUGUGCGGGUCAUCCUGAGGGACUCGCGCUGCUUCCUGUUCUGCAUGUGCUACCUGACGUUCAUCCAGUCGCUGAUGGUUUCGGGCUACCUGAGCAGCGUCAUCACCACCAUUGAGAAGCGCUACAGUCUCCGCAGCUCAGAGUCCGGCCUGCUGGUCAGCUGCUUCGACAUCGGCAGCCUGCUGGUGGUGGUCUUCAUCUCCUAUUUUGGCGGCAGGGGUCAGAGGCCACGCUGGCUGGCUGUGGGUGGUGUGAUCAUCGCUGUCGGGGCAGCAUUGUUCUCCCUGCCCCACUUCAUCUCGCCACCCUACCAGAUCCAGGAGGUGAACUUGUCGGCGGGCCACGAAGGCCUCUGUCAGAGCGGCAACAGCAGCGGGCGGGAGCUCGACGUCGCGUCAUGCCCCCGCGACCAGGAGGGCAACGAGCACAACCUGUACGUGGCUCUAUUCAUCUGUGCCCAGAUACUUGUCGGCAUGGGGUCGACGCCGAUCUACACCCUGGGGCCCACCUACCUGGACGACAAUGUGAAGAAAGAGAACGCGUCUCUCUACCUGGCCAUCAUGUACGUGAUGGGAGCCCUGGGACCUGCAGCUGGCUACCUGCUGGGCGGCGUCCUCAUCGGCUUCUACGUCGACCCCAAAACUGCGGUGAACAUCGACCAGAAUGACCCUCGCUUCAUUGGCAACUGGUGGAGCGGCUUUCUCUUGUGCUCCGUGGCCAUGCUGCUGGUCAUCUUCCCCAUGUUUGCCUUCCCCAAAAAGCUGCCGCCCCGCCACAAAAAGAGGAAGAAGAAAAAGAUGGGCUCAUCGGGUGAUGUGUCCAGCGAUGACGAGAUGAUGAAGGAAAAGUCCAGUGGCAAAGGCCAGAAAGUCACCUCCUCCAUGGGCUUCGGGAAGGACAUCAAAGACCUCCCCAAGGCAGCACUGAGGAUCCUCAGCAACAUGACCUUCCUGUUCGUCAGUCUGUCCUACACGGCCGAGUGCGCCAUUGUCACAGCCUUCAUCACCUUCAUCCCCAAAUUCAUUGAGUCACAGUUCGGCAUCCCCGCCUCCAACGCCAGUAUUUACACCGGUCUUAUAAUCGUACCCAGCGCCGGCGUGGGCAUCGUGCUUGGCGGCUACAUCAUCAAGAAGCUGAAGCUCGGCGCCAGAGAGUCGGCCAAGCUGGCCAUGAUCUGCAGCGGCGUGUCCCUGCUCUGCUUCUCCACGCUCUUCAUAGUCGGCUGCGAGAGCAUCAAUCUGGGAGGCAUCAACAUACCCUACACCACCGGCCCGACCCUGACGAUGGCCCACAGGAACCUGACGGGCAGCUGCAACGUCAACUGUGGCUGCAGGAUCCACGAGUACGCACCCGUCUGCGGCUCGGACGGCAUCACCUACUUCAACCCCUGUCUGGCUGGAUGCAGCGCCGUGGGCAACGACAGCACUGGGCAGAUCAGGAACUACACUGACUGCGGCUGCGUGCAGAGCCGGCAAGUCAUCACCCCGUCCUCCGGCGGCCAGGUCAACCAGCUGCAGCUGGUCAUCGUCAAGACCUACCUGAACGAGAACGGCCACGCCGUGUCGGGGAAGUGCGACCGCACGUGCAACACACUCAUCCCCUUCCUGGUCUUCCUCUUCAUCGUCACCCUCAUCACCGCCUGUGCCCAGCCCUCGGCCAUCAUCGUCACACUCAGGUCUGUCGAUGAGCAGGAGCGGCCUUUUGCUCUCGGGAUGCAGUUUGUCUUGCUGCGAACUCUUGCCUACAUCCCCACGCCCAUCUACUUCGGCGCCGUCAUUGACACCACCUGCAUGCUGUGGCAGCAGGACUGCGGCGUGCAUGGCUCUUGCUGGGAGUACGACGUGACCUCGUUCCGCUUCGUCUACUUCGGCCUGGCCGCCAGCCUCAAGUUCGUCGGCUUCAUCUUCAUCUUCCUCACCUGGUACUCGAUCAAGCACAAGGAGGAGCGCGCAGAGCGCUGGCUGCAGCGCCUGCCACCGCUGGGCACCGUCAGCGAGCUCAUCUGCCACGCCGGGGGCCAGAAGAGCCACGCCCGCACGCGCUCCUGCCCCGUGUUCAUCCCGCCGCGGCCCGACCCGCCAACCGCCCCGCUGCUCAACCGCGGCCACAGCAGCCUCAGUUGCCCCGGCAACGCCCUCAAAGCAAUAACCUCGCCAGUUAUCUUGCCACACCACCACAGAGGCUCCGCCCACGUCUGAGAGCACGCCAGGCCUACCUGUGGUGGGAACUCAUUGUGACACGUGCCUUCCUGUUUGUGUCCCCGCGCGCCGCACCACCAAUCAGACACGUGGGCGGGGCUGACAGGCGGAGACGUACAGUAAAGGGCUGCCGUUUGUCGUGUACGAUAACAGGAAACUGACGGAUGAGCAAAUCAUCGGCUGCAGCCACAAACAAGCAUCCGCACAGACGGUCACACCUCCACUUCAAGGAUCGGUCGAUGAUGUAGAGGCGUCACAUGGUGCUACUGUUCAAAGGCCGGGCAUUAGAACCUCCGUACAGACGAGUCGUAAUAAACACGGCGUCUAAAGCACAACAGACAAACCUGUACUAUGCAAGAUCCUAUGUACAGCUCCUCCCCUCUCAGUACUUACAGAUCCUCAGUAUUCUACACCCGUACCUCUUCAUUCUUCUCUGCCCACGUCGCAUAUCGUCCCACCGUGUCGUCAGCUCUUUCAGAUUUUUUCCUUACUGUCUGAACUGCGAACAUAUCGACCCCUCCCUCUCUCGUAUUUGAGCCAUUCCAGGUCGCUCUUAACAAGAACAAGUUCUAUCUUCAGAAAAGUUUUAAAAUCCUCCACCUCUUUUUUUCUUUUUAAUCUUCCUUUUUCCCCCCGUAACAGUGCCUCUCAGGCUGCCUCGGCCAGUACAGCAUACGGAGUUAGCCCCCAGGGUAAAUGCUAGCUACAGAAAAAGAUUGUUGCUGUCGCCCCUCAGUCGAGCAACAGUAAUGUGCUUUUGUCUCUUCCAGCGUUUGUGUUCGGGAUCAGUCGUCGACGAGGUGAAAGUUUCUCACCAUGGUGAGGUAACCAUGUAGCUUAAAGCCGACAAGCACCAAUGGUACGGUGUAUACUGACUUUUAUGAGGAGUCUUGUCAGUGAGCAAGAAAUCUAUAUGACAUCACAAUACUUAAUUAUUGCCAAAUGGCAAACAGGAGAAAGUAAGAAGAGCGGUAUCUCAUCUGUGAGCAUGUGCUGAAGCUACUGUGUCCUGAACAUGUGAACUUGCCCGAAACUGGAAAAUGUGGCACCACUGCUGGUUUCUUAACAAAUCUGACUCUGACGCAAAACGCAAUUUCUCCACGGUGAAAUGUUUGUAGCCAAUUUUAUUGCAAAAAUAGAUCGCGUCAUUUAGGCUUCUCUCCAAUCUAAUGGUCAUCAGAUGUACAUAGUAGUUAUCUAGUAGUGUAGGCUUUAAAAAAAAAAAAGAAGUGCAGGAAGCAUGUAAAAAAAAAAAAAGAGAGCCCCCUUUUACCAGCCAGGUUCAGUUACUGUGUGUUUGGGGCCCUCUAGUGGACGGAGAGGUGAUAGUGUGAAGGCCAGUGAAUGUGGCUGUUGGUCAGACCUCCUCCUCCUCGGUCACAAGGUUAAUUAAUUUCAAACUUAAUCACUGCAAUGAAUUCAGCACUCCAGUUCUCCAAAGAUGUACCUGAGCAAAACAUGACCAACACUUACUCUGCAGAUGAUAAACUAGACCAGACUAAAUUAAAUUAAAACAGAAUGUGGCACAGAUCAGUUUGCAUGAGCGUCAACUGCUGGUGUCGAACAUCCUUUGACCCGCGGCUCGUGUUGUAAAUCAUCUAAUGUAUUUGCUUUCCUGUCAACGGGAGAAGCACCGAUUGUAAAAUAAGAGGUGUCACUAUGGCACUCUUAAUUAAACAAUUAGAUAUAUCAAGUGCAUAAAUAAAAAUAUAUCAAAUCCGUGGCACAUUGUAUUUAAAAAAACAAUUUUAGGGAUAUUUUUUCUUCUGUGAGGGAGGAUAGAAGUCUAGUGAAGUUAAUGUAUUUUAUAUUGUAAUCAGUAUGAAUUAAUUUAAACUAUUAAAGUUUGCAAAUUAUUAAAAAAAAUUUUUUUUUAAAUUAAUGUUUUAGGGCUCAGUCUCAGUUUUCUGCCGGGGGGAAAGAUUAUAACGCGGUAACGGCAGGGGCUCAUUUUAGUGUUAACAUGACUUAGUACCUCAAAUUGCAUAUCCAUAAGUGAUCUUGUAAAUACUGACCGAGCUCACGCAUAGGUAGACGCAUAUUUAUGAACUAACCCAUGACAUUGUAGUUAAAAAUAGAAAAAAAGUAAACUUAAAGCUACAAAAAAAACUAAACAGUGGAUUGUCUGGCAGUGCCUGAACAGUAUUAUUCACAUGGAAAAGGUUGAGUUCAGAUUUUGCCAUGGGGGGGCGGUGUUGGGUUAUUGCAAUGUAUUUUUUUCUGUCAAGAGGACUGCACAAUACAGUUAAUGUAAAAGCUGAACUAGUGCUACACACAAUACCCUACUAUCUCUGUACUGACUCUCUAGCCUUCCCUCUGUGCUCCGUGUUCAUCACGCUCGCCUCGAAGAAACUCCCGAGAUCAUUGAUCUGCUAAUGGAAAAGACAAAUAGACAAACUUUUAUUCCAUUCACUGGCUGUUACGGAUGGAAAAAAAAGUUUGCCCUCUCUUUAAUUAUUAAUGAGUUCAUUAUCUUAGAAUUCCAUCAAGCGUUUUCAUGGAUUUUCUUUCUUUCUGAAUCAACAAAGAUAAUCAUCUUGGUAAUUAACGAAGAGCAAAAAUGUUCAUGAAAACAUCCUCGGAAUUAAUUCAGGAAAAGGCAAUAAAUUAUGAAUGAGUCAAAAAAUUGGGUUCUUGUACAUAAAACUCUCUCCGCACAAUGAGAGGCAGUUAACAAAACGGGGGAAGGCUCGAGAAUCAUCCAACAAUGUCAGACAGUCAAGGGGACGGUGUCUGACUUACUGUACUGUAAAAAAACCCUCUACUGCUUGGCCUUCAGUGUCCUGCCGUGGAGAAGCCUGGUUCACUACUACUGAUGCAGACAACUUCAGGUCGACUGACGUUUUGCUUUAACACGUUCUCCUUUUACGUCAGUGUUUGAAACUGAAGGUUGGAUUCUCCUGGACCGAACAGAAGCUGCUGCGCCCCGACAGGUCGAGCUCUUUGUGUUCCUCAGGUGCAGGAGUCCCAUUUGAUGUUAGUGAACACUUGGUUUACAAAUGCCUUGAAUACUUGAUAUUUGUCAUUAAUAAAAAAAAAAAACAACGUAAAAAAA